GAGAGAGUACUGAUGGGUCUGAAAAGCAUACCUUGCUUUCUCAGGAAAGUGCCUGCUGGGCUAUUGCAGCUGUAAUUUCUUGUCUCUGUGUGGAAGGAAUGGAAUUUGUAUGUCAUCCUAUGUUCAUUUUCCAGACACUGAAAGAGCAGAAUGGCUAAAUAAGACUGUAAAGCACAUGUGGCCCUUUAUUUGUCAAUUUAUAGAGAAGCUCUUUCGAGAAACCAUAGAACCAGCUGUGCGGGGAGCAAAUGCCCACCUCAGCACCUUCAGCUUCACAAAAGUGGACGUGGGUCAGCAGCCCCUUAGAGUCAAUGGUGUUAAGGUUUAUACUGAAAAUGUAGACAAAAGACAAAUUAUUCUGGACCUUCAGAUUAGUUUUGUAGGGAAUUGUGAGAUUGAUUUGGAGAUUAAACGAUACUUCUGUAGAGCUGGUGUGAAAAGUAUUCAGAUUCAUGGGACCAUGCGAGUGAUCCUGGAGCCCCUGAUUGGAGACAUGCCUCUAGUUGGAGCUUUGUCCAUCUUCUUCCUUAGGAAGCCACUUUUAGAGAUUAACUGGACAGGAUUGACUAAUCUCCUGGACAUCCCUGGACUGAAUGGUUUAUCUGAUACUAUCAUUUUGGAUAUAAUAUCAAAUUAUCUGGUGCUUCCCAAUCGAAUCACUGUUCCUCUUGUCAGUGAAGUUCAAAUAGCGCAGUUGCGGUUUCCCAUACCAAAGGGUGUCCUAAGAAUUCAUUUUAUUGAAGCUCAGGAUCUUCAGGGAAAAGACACCUACCUUAAAGGCCUCGUCAAAGGAAAAUCAGACCCCUAUGGAAUUAUCCGAGUGGGCAACCAAAUCUUCCAGAGUAAGAUUAUCAAAGAGAACCUUAAUCCAAAGUGGAAUGAGGUAUAUGAGGCUUUAGUCUAUGAACACCCUGGACAAGAAUUGGAGAUUGAACUCUUUGAUGAAGAUCCAGAUAAGGAUGACUUCUUAGGAAGUCUUAUGAUUGAUCUUAUUGAAGUUGAGAAGGAGCGCCUUUUAGAUGAAUGGUUCACUCUGGACGAGGUUCCCAAAGGAAAGCUGCAUUUGAAGUUAGAGUGGCUCACACUGAAGUCAGAUGCGGCGAACCUGGAUAAGGUGCUGGCAGACAUCAGAGCUGAUAAGGAUCAAGCCAAUGAUGGUCUUUCAUCUGCACUGCUGAUUUUGUAUUUGGAUUCUGCAAGGAACCUUCCGAAUAACCCAUUACACUUUAACCCCGGUGUUUUGAAGAAGUCUGCAGUUCAGAGAGCUUUAAAGUCAGGGAAGAAAAUAAACAGCAACCCAAAUCCUCUUGUCCAGAUGUCAGUCGGUCACAAGGCUCAAGAGAGUAAGAUUCGAUACAAAACUAGUGAGCCAGUGUGGGAGGAAAACUUCACUUUCUUCAUUCACAACCCCAAGCGCCAGGACCUUGAAGUUGAGGUCAAAGAUGAGCAGCAUCAGUGUUCUCUGGGGAGCCUGAGGAUCCCUCUCAGUCAGCUGCUUAUGAGUGACAACAUGACCAUAAACCAGCGGUUCCAGCUCAGCAACUCGGGUCCAAACAGCACCUUAAAAAUGAAGAUUGCCCUCCGGGUCCUCCAUCUUGAGAAGCAAGAAAGGCCUCCAGACUACCAGCAUUCAGCUCAAGUGAAACGGCCCUCUGUCUCCAAAGAAGGGAGAAAAAUACCUGUGAAAUCUCAGAAGUCUGUGUCUCCAAGCACUGGUGGUAGCAACACUGCUCCAUCAACACCAGUCAUGGGAGUCGAUGAUAAGCCUGUCAGGGAGGAGAAGCCCCACCCCCCUGAGGCCAGCCCUCUAGGGCAGCGUGACCUAGGCAGGAGCUCCUCCAGCCUCUUGGCCUCUCCAAGCCACAUCUCAGCCAAGGAACCCACCCCAAGCAUUGCCUCAGACAUAUCAUUGCCCAUUGCCACCCAGGAACUGAGGCAAAGGCUACGUCAACUUGAAAAUGGGACAACACUGGGACAGUCUCCCCUGGGGCAGAUCCAGCUGACCAUCCGGCACAGCUCCCAGAGGAAUAAGCUCAUUGUGGUUGUGCACUCCUGCAGAAACCUCAUUGCCUUCUCAGAAGAUGGCUCUGAUCCAUAUGUCCGUAUGUAUUUAUUGCCAGACAAGAGGAGAUCAGGAAGAAGAAAAACACAUGUGUCAAAGAAGACACUAAACCCUGUGUUCGACCAGAGCUUUGAUUUCAGUGUUUCACUGCCUGAGGUGCAAAGGAGAACACUGGACGUAGCAGUGAAGAACAGUGGUGGCUUCCUGUCCAAAGAUAAAGGGCUUCUUGGCAAAGUGCUGGUUGCUAUGGCAUCAGAAGAACUCGCCAAGGGCUGGACCCAGUGGUAUGACCUCACAGAAGAUGGAACAAGGCCUCAGGUGAUAACGUAGCCAUGCUGGACGUAAGGCCUAUUUUUCAACGUGUCGCACCACCUCAACAUGGAACUCAACUUCUUGCAGAUGUACCAAUGCUAUUUUUAUAAGUAUUGAGUUAUACAUACCUUAAUAAUUUUAUAAAACUCUUGGCGUUGUAAGAAAAAUUUGGCCAAUAUUAUUGAUAAAUUUCCCAUUGAGUUCCCUCCAGUAUUUCACCGGGUACUGCAGAGUGCAGUGUAUACAGCAAUGUGUUCCUGUGCUGUGUGGGACUCUGUCGGCCACAUCUGCUGGAAAGCAGGCACCUGUAUUCCUGAUUUCUGCCUUGUCUUGCAUCCCAGAGGUGCACUACACCAUGUAAAUAGACUCUUUUUUUUUUUUUUAUACUAUCUACUUGCUGGUUUGGAAGAAGAAGAAAGUGUAUCAAGGAAAUACAUAUUUUCUUCUAAAACUUAUUAGAUUCUGCGACAAAUAAUCAUUUUCAUCUUUUCAGCAAAAAGUUCUCAGCUCUGUUGUAUAUGACUUUUUUAAGGGAAAAGUGGAAAGAUUAUUAAAUAUUGGAUAUUUAUGUCUAGUAUUAAUGAUAAAAGAAAGUGUUCAAAUUAUUAACAUUAUUGUAAAUAGGAAGGGAGAUAUAGUGAGAAGUCAAUAAAUGACUUAUUUAAAAAGUUUUAUAACUGAGUAAUAGACAAUACCAAGACUAUUGUCAAAGCUCAGGAAUCACAGUAUAUUCAUCUGAAAUUUAUUACAUAAGAAAGAAAUGUGUGCUGUUUAUUUAUAAUUCUUUGUUAUAACUGAUUCAUGAAAUAGUACAGAGAUACACACAUGCCAGGUGUAGUACCUCAUACCUGUAAUACCAGGAUAUGGGAGGCCAAGGCAGGAAGACCAAGAGUUAAAGCACCAGUCUGGUCUACACAGCAUGACCCUAUCUUGAAAAAAAGAAAUUCAUACUUUAUAUUUUGCCCAAAGCAUAGGAACUAAUCGCCAAUAUUAGGAGAUAAGAUGUUGUCCAGAUUGGAUGCAAGCCUGGUUUGUUUUCCACGUCUCUAACCCUAUAAAAACAGGCCCAUUGUUAGUGUAAAACGGUGAAACAGAUUGGGUGAGUCCAAGGGGUGUUGUGCUACAGACUGGCACUGCACCUGCUCUUGGUGGGAGAACCUGCUCUAUAUCCAUCAUACAGGAUGCACACCUCUGAAUGGAGCUUUCUGCACUUCCCUCGGUACAUUACAUGACAGAGGGAGAGAUCCUGCCCAGUGCCAGCAACAGAAGCUGUCAGUCUUGCCAUUUUCUGGAUGUCCUCAGUUUGUGCCAUGUCAGAUCAUAAUAUAGAGAUAGUAUUAUACAGUUUUUAACUUAGUAUCCUUUUUAGAUUAUGAAAAGCAUGUUUUACAUAUGUAAGAGUCCUCUAGCACCCCUUGUAAGGUGAGGCUAUAUCACAGUAUUAUAAGCUAUGCAUGUCUGUAAACAAAGUACACACAAAUGUAGGAAGACUUUCAGUAUGCAUUUUAAGCUGCGUGAUGAAAAGGGCUUCUCAGCUAUGAGAUCCUUUGAAACUAUGUACACUUAUAGCAGGAAAAUACAGCUUUGUAAUCAAAAUUCGAAUAAUUCCUUUCACAUUCUUCCUGGAACUAAACAACUUUUGGGAAGCUUAUGUGACCAAACAUACCAAAGUGCCUAUGAUGAAUGCCGAGUGUUCCUUUUACACUCUCCUCCUGUCUAGCAGAUGAAAGUGUGCCUCAGUUUGUAAUGUACCAUGGGUGCAUUUGUAACAGAGUCUGUGACUUUUCACAGCACAUCCCAGGUAGUCAUAGGGCCAGAGUAACCUCGCUCUCUUGUCUGUUGACACCUUCCUUUGAAUCUUGUUAAUAAAUCUUUUUCUAUUA